UUCUGGGGAAAGGCGCUUCGAGCUUUCAAAGACUCACGACUUCACGACCCUUCUUGUCCGUGUGUGCCUGGAGCGUCGAGAUGAGGACCGUGCGUGUGGUCCUUGGCGCAAGCUGGUCCGCCGACCGCGUGAUCGUCUCUUUAGCGCAGGGCAGAUCCGAGCCGCUGCUGCAACGAUUGCGAUUCAAGAUUCUUGAUUUGAGCCGACUUGCGGACGUCUGAGCGCGGCUCGAGGGGUAGAUAGAUGCUCACGCAGGGCUUGCCCAGCCUAUAAAGCUGACCUCGAUUGCAAUCUCCCUCCCGCUCGUGUUGGUUUGCAGACUGUGACCCGCUUCGCGACUCGUUCCAGGAAAAGUCAAGCAAACAUGUCGGUGCAGACCAUCGCCUUCAAGCAAGCUUUCGGCAGCGACAUCUCGCUGGACUACUAUCCUCCUCCACCUGGCGCUGCUUUGCCCGCUCCAGUCCUCUUCUCGGUCCACGGAGGUGGUGGGUCUGGCGGCGAUAGAAAGGAUGUCAGAUUGUGGUCCUUUGCGCUAGCACGCGCUCGAGGCUACGCCAUUGUAUCUCCCGAUUACAGGCUCAUACCCGAAUGCGAUGCUCCCGCCAUUGCCGAAGACGUCUCUGACGCGUGGAACUUUGUCACUGGCGGGGAACUCAACAAGAAGCUCGGCAAGGAGGAAGUGGAUGUGAAGCGUGCCGUCUUGCUUGGCAUCAGUGCAGGUGGUUGGAGCUCUACCCUCGUCGCCGCCAGAGCGCCAGUGCGCCCAGCUGCCUACAUCAACUUGUACGGCACCUGGUCCCUGCUUGCUGGCGACUGGGGCAAGCCAGCCGUGAAGCCGAUGGUCCUCCCAGGCAUCGACCAAGCCACUCCAUUUUUGCUGCACAUCAUGAGCGAGGCCAAGGCGGGCAGGGGCAAGCCCAAUUUCGGAUCUUAUCUGAACAUCUUUCAAAUGCUUCAAACACCGCGCGAACAAGUAGAGGCGUUGGUGCAAGCCAACGGAAUCAGCUUGGAGGAGUUCAAAGCGUACGGCCUGGACGGCGUCAUGACGCAGGAAGAGAUCAUCCGAAACCUCUUGUGCCCUUACUCGGUCAACACGGGCGUCUUGGAGGCUAUUUGUGAAGGCCCGGAUGGAAGCACGCCAAAUUGGGCAGGGCACCCCAAAGAUCCCACACCGCUCAUCGACGCAAAGUUUCCUCCCACACUGACCUUGCAUGGCACGGGAGACAGCUUGGUGCCAUUCCACGUCUCCGAGACAUUUGACAGCAUCUUGAAAUCUCACGGAGUCAAAAGCGAGCUUGUACCCUAUGCAGACCAAGAUCACAUGUUUGACCUUGCGUGGCACCCUCACCUCCCAGACUUUGCCAAGAUCACGGGCUUCCUAGACUCAGUAGGCGCCUGAGCAGAACAGUACGAGGUUCCCAGUGUCGAUUCCUGUACGCUCUUGUCGCCCCGAUCCCUUCUCACUGCAAGCGGUCUGUCCGCCUGCAAUCCUAGUGCGCGAGGGGCGAGCAUGAUUGGCC